AUGGCAGCUUCUGCAAAGACUCUUACUGCUGAAAGCCAUACUUUAAAUGGAGACUGGACAGUUGUUUCAUCUCGUCGUGGAAGACAAAGAAGAAAUCCUCCAAAAAUUACAAUUCGAGUACAGAAGCAACCAUCGCAUUGGGCUCCAACUGAUCACGAAAUCAAUUUUGCCCGAGAAUCAAAAUUGAUGCAGAAGAUGCAGAUCUGUAUGAAGAAAUUGGAGAUGUCUCAAUUCUUUCUUAAUUUACUGGAUGAAAUCCAAACUCCAGAAAUGAUGAAUUACUUCCAUAGGGUUUUGAGCUCGGAGUUGAAGAUGAAGAUGGUUAUAUAUGGCAUAGGCAGCAUCGAAUCAUAUGAAUCCCCUCGUUUGCAGUUGAGCCUUGCCAUCUUGCUGAAGAGAAAGUUCAAUUGGAUUGGAGAUAUAGAGGUCUUUGAUCCCAUUCUUUCUGCCACAGAAUCUCGGGUUUUGGAAGCUCUCGAAUGCUCUGUGUUAUCGAUAAAUGAACAAGGUCGGCGUCAGGCUGAGAAACCAACAAUGUUCUUCAUGCCACAUUGCGAGGCAGAGCUAUAUGAUAAUCUUCUACAAGCGAAUUGGGAAGCACGGCUUUUGAAUUGUACAGUAUUGUUCGGGAAUAGCUUUGAGACAUAUGAGCAGCAUCUAUCAGAGUAUAAGAACUCAGCUAUUGUUGAUUCGACAAAGCAUAUCUUGGCUGUUCGAAAAUUCACAGAUGAGUUUAGGAUUAAGACAAUUUCAGAUACUUAUUUCAGUGCCUUUCAUGAUUCGAGUUGGCAUUUUUUCAGGCCUGUCCUUGAGACAGAGCUGCAGUUGAGCAAUUUGUAA